UGUCACAUGGGUUUGGUAAUGUCGUGUUCUUCAGGUUACUUGCUGUUGUGAGCUGCUGCUAGGACUGUCUGUGACGUGUUCCUGGAACUCCUUGUUUCUCAGGGCCAGAUGAAUGUUGAGUGGUCCAACAAAGCCGUGGUGAUGAAAUACUUGUUCAAGUAUGUUACAAAAGGCUCUGAAAUGGUGCUCCUGCAGGCACCACAAUCGGUCACGAAACCUCCUGGACCUAGCGAUGGCAAGGGCGAGAUUGGCUCACAAGUCGAGAGGGCCAUGUUCACGGAAACGUCGCCUGAACAGCCCGAGGAAGUGCUGGAUCCUCAAGUUCAGUCUAAAGAGCUUGGUUUGCCUGCAUCUGAUGCUCCAGAUUCUCCACCUGCCCGUCCGCUGCUCCUUUAGUGGACAGGUCAUCAAACAAAGCGCAAGCAGCCGCGGACUCGGGCGGAUGGAGCGGGCAAGAAAAAGAAGGCCUGAGCUAGAGGCAGGAGUGCUGCCACUAGACGACGACGGCCUUUGGUAGUUGUUUGGUACCCUUUGUCUAUCUACCAGUGGAUUUGAGGGUUAUGUCCCUCCCUUUUGUAGUGGUCAUGUACAUAUGAACCAGUUCCCUUGGUACAACAGUCCUCUUGUGCAUCUUGUUUGGAUGAUACCCUUCAGUGACACUAGCUCUAUGCAACUGCUUUUGAUUCGCUCUAAUGCCAGCUACUUAGCUAUGUAGUUUGCUUCACCUUGUGGUAUGUUAAUUAGACUGCAUAAUUAAACUUCUUCGGAUGUUCUGCUAAAUAUCAUUUCCCUGCUUUACACAA